CCGGUUUUGUUUAAUGGGAUUCAGUUACGGAGACACCCCCUUCACGAACGGGUGACGAUUGCUGGACAACUGGUUUUGGCUACCCUUUUGGGACUGAAAUGGGCUUGAUUUACACAGAUCAAGCAGCUGGGAUCUGAAAGAUUCCUGCAGCCGUAGCUAUCUCUGCAGAAAGCUAGACCUGCUAUCGUCGACUGAGGCUACGCCUUUUGGCUGUCAUCAUCAGCGCAGGACCAGCAAUUUCAGGCGUGCAACAGAUGCCAUGUGCAAUGUCGAUGCUCACUGAGGCCGCGAGAAGCUUGGAUUGUAACUCGCUGUGUCACUCAACGAUCAACUAAUCAAAUUAUCAAGUGACUUUUCAGAAAUUAUCCUCUGCUGUUCCACUCACGUACACCUUGACUUGUGGGUCUGCUGUUAAAAACUUCGGUGGAGCUGGUACUGGCGUUCUUCUAGGCUGAUUGGGAGGCCUGAAAAAAAUAUGAUCUUCGACCACUGGAAGACUGAAGUUAACGAUCGUGUCCCGCCGCGGUAUGGCCGCCGUAAUCGUUGCCCUGGCCGCCGUUCUGGUGAGCAGCGCCGGUGCAGAGUUUGACGCGGAACUGGAUGAAGGAUAUCUGCCGUUUACAAAGGAAAAGGCACCUCUGCAGGAGGAUGCCAAAAAUAUUAGAGUUGAACGCUCCCCAGCAAAACUCUUUGAAACUGAGGAGAUGGACAUGUUAGAAAAGUUGCCCAUUGAGGAGUGGGACAGGUCGAGACAUCGCAGGCAAGCGGAGAAUGAAGCGGGACCCUCCCUGACGCCCAGUGUAUUUACGGACUUAGAGGGAUCGGGAACUGAGGAACCAAUCGGCAGUGGUACAGAGCCCCCAACUGCUGCCGUGGCAUACUACCGGAUUCGUCUCUUGAUCAUGAACGUGAAAUAUACACUGGACCUGGGCAACCGGCUGUCUGUGGCCUUUGACGAUCUGGCCAAAUCUAUCUCCUCAAGGGUGGAAGCCAUUUAUACAGAAAUCCCUGGCCCACAAUUUGUCACAGUCCUUCAGUUUAUACCCCGCGAGGAUGGUUACAUUGAAGCCCAGUUUGACCUAGGGUCAGAGGUUGUGUACAGCGAGUACACGCUACGUAGAGCCCUGGAAAGUAAAAUAAUGGGAGGCCAGUUGGGACAGCUGCAAGUUUCUCCCGAUCUCUUGGAGUUUUCCCCGGUCAGCAUCCCUUCGACAACAACGCAACCAGUCACAGAGACCUCCCCUCCGGCCGUAAGGACGCCACCGCCACAACCGACACUCCCAACGUUGCCCCCGAAGCCGUCCUUCUGCCGUGGGGACAGUGACUUCCAAUGCAGCAGUGGUGAGUGCAUCGCCCUGGAGCUGCUCUGCAAUGGCCGCUACGACUGCAACGACCUCUCGGAUGAGCGGGCCUGCCUGUCUGGUGCACCUUGCCGCUUUACAGAGCGCUACUGUGAUGAUGGGCUGUGCUUCAAUGCCAAGCUACUCUGUGAUGGGAUACCGCACUGCUGGGACGGAUCGGACGAAAAGCCAUCAGUUUGUGGAACUGAUGAGACCCCGCCAGAGGUUAUUGAUUGCCCAUUCAGGGUUGCCGGCUUUGCGCUGCCGGGCCAGGACACAGGAAUAGGUACCUGGACCGAGCCCACAGCGAUCGACGACAGUGGGGAACCGGUCAGGGUCGCCCGGACCCAUGCCCCGAACACGCUCUUCCCCAUAGGGCAGACGCCGGUCUCAUACUUUUUCACCGACACCAGCGGAAACCGGGCCGAGUGUACAUUUACGGUUUCCAUCAGAGCAGCAGAGGAUGAGACACCUCCAGUGGUCAACAACUGUCCCAUUCAGGUUGGUGGGACCGUGGAAGUGGGUGAAACGGAAGGGUUUGUAACCUGGAAGGAGCCCACGGCAAGGGAUAACGACGGCAAACAGGUGCGCGUCAACACAACGCACACGCCCUCAACGCCGUUCCCUAUUGGACGGACCACGGUCCGGUACCUUUUCACCGACUCGAGUGGGAACCAAGCCGAGUGCACUUUUGUUGUGAACAUGGUGCAAGAGGAAGACAGGACACCACCCGUAAUUACCGGUUGUCCGCAACGAGUUGUUGGCUCAGCCAGCCCUGGUGAAAGCAGGGCGGUUGCGACAUGGGACGAGCCCACGGCCAAGGAUAAUGGGGGACAGGUGCGUGUGGGACGCACCCACCUCCCGUCCACGUACUUCAUGCUGGGUCCGACCAGAGUCACGUAUAUCUUCACUGACAACAGCGGGAACCAGGCGGUUUGCGAAUUCGAUGUUGAGAUUGUGCAAGAGGAAGACAGGACGCCGCCCGAAAUCGUCGGUUGUCCACGCAACGUGUUUGGCAUUGCGCGCCCCGGUGAAACUGAAGGGAUAGCCACGUGGGAUGAGCCCACAGCCCGAGACGAUGGCGGAGAAGUACGCGUGGCCCGCACCCACGCCCCUUCGUCGAGGUUCGCACUGGGUCCGACCAGAGUCGUGUACUACUUCACUGACCCUAGCGGGAACCGGGCAACUUGUGAAUUUGUUGUUCAGAUUCGGCAAGAGGUGGACAGGACACCGCCCGAAAUCAUUGGUUGUCCGCGCAAUGUAUUUGGCUUUGCGAGCCCCGGUGAGAGUGAAGGAGUGGCAACGUGGGAUGAACCUGUAGCCCGAGACGAUGGCGGAGAGGUACGUGUGGCCCGCACCCACGCCCCCUCCUCGAGGUUUGCACUGGGUCCGACCAGAGUCGUGUAUUACUUCACUGACCCUAGCGGGAACCGGGCAACCUGUGAUUUCGUUGUUCAGAUUCAACAAGCCGAGGACAACACCCCGCCAGUGAUCACUGGUUGCCUCGACGACAUAUUUGAGACCCUCGAGCCCGGGGCGAUUGACAAAACUGUAUCAUGGGUGGAGCCCACGGCCUCCGAUGACAGCCAGAAGCCAGUGGAAGUCUUACAGACCCACUGGCCGGACUCGUCACGGUUUGAGCUGGGCAAGAGCAAAGUCAAGUAUAUCUUUGCAGACUCGAGCGGCAACACCGCGUCCUGUUUCUUCUUCGUGAUUAUCACGAGAGCUGUCACCCCUUCUCCGCUCCCUACAACAACGACCACCGAGGGCCCUCAACGUUGCUUGCCAACUCAGGCAACCUGUCAAAACGGCGAGUGCAUACCGCUCCAGUACCGUUGUGAUGGAGCUCUGGAUUGUAGUGAUGGCUCUGAUGAACAAAGCUGUCCUUCGGUUGGUUGCGAGCCUAACGAGUACCGGUGUGCCAGCGGUUUCUGCAUCCAGAAGAUCUGGGUCUGUGACGGUGAUUUUGAUUGUGAAGAUGGAAGUGAAGAACUGAAUUGCCCCGUGGCCCCGCCUGGUGCCCCAUGUUCCUCCACCGAGUUCCAGUGUUUGAACACGGUCACCACGCAGUGCAUCCCCAAGGCAUACCAGUGCGACAACGACUUUGACUGCGAGGACCGUUCAGACGAGAUCGCAUGCUCCCCACCCCAGGUGACACAGUCUCCUUUCACGCCCAUGACCGUCACAGAGGGUGCAACGGUCGUCCUGACCUGCAUCGCACUCGGCAACCCGGUUCCCAUCAUCUCCUGGCGGUUCAACUGGGGUCCGCUUCCAGAUCCGUCAAAGGUUGUGGUGGUGAGUGAGAACGGCCGAGGCACGUUGACCAUUUACAACGUCCAAGAGAGUGACCAGGGAGCGUACACCUGUGAGGCCAUGAACAGCAUCGGCUACCUCUUCGCCAUCCCGGACGCCAUCUUGAUUAUCAUUCCCCCUGAGGGCAUCUGCACAGGGUCAGUCUUCAACAAGGCUGCUGAAGUUCCAGACGAAUGUAUUGACUGCUUCUGCUUUGACAUCACGGACAGGUGCACAGGAAGCAGCUACUAUCGCACCCAGACGUCCUUGGUCUUCAGCAACAAUGAUCCCCGGGGCAUCCUGAUUGGUUCUCGCUCGCGCGUAGAUGGUUCAAUCACCACAGUGGACGAAAGUUUCAUCCAGGUGAAUCCCAGCACGGAGGAGGUGACCGUACUGGAGCUGAACCGCCGACUACCGGCUGGAGACUACUACUGGGUGCUGCCUGGCCAACUUCUCGGCAACAAACUGACCAGCUAUGGUGGCAACUUCCAGUAUCGUAUCCGCUUCACUGUUGACACCGGCGGCGUGCCGAUAGCCGCUGACCUCACGCCGGACAUCAUCCUGGAAGGAAACGGUAUCCAGCUGGCCUACGUCGUGGGCCGGAGCAUGGAGGAGUCACGCUUCAAUGAAGUCAGCGUGCAGCUGGUUGAGGAUGGCUGGAUGAGGGUGGUGGGUGACCAGCAGACGCAGGCUACCAGGGAAGACCUCAUGAUGGUCCUACAGGAUGUGGACACCUUUGUCAUCAGGGCCUCUUACAACACCAACCUCAGAGACACGAGUCUCUCCAAUGUUUACUUGGACGAGGCCCAGCCAGAGAACAAUGGCGGUGAAGAGGCCUUCAUGGUGGAGAAAUGCGAAUGCCCACCGGGAUAUGCUGGCCAGUCCUGCGAGGAAUGUGCCUCUGGCUAUUACCGUGUCCGCAACAACCGCUACCUUGGGACGUGCGAGCCCUGUGAAUGUAACCGCUAUUCAUACCAGUGUGAUCCGGAGACAGGUGUCUGUAUCAACUGUCGGGCCAAUACAGCCGGGGACCAGUGCGACCAGUGUGCCGAGGGUUACUAUGGUGACCCCCUGUCGUCCAUACCCUGCCUGCCCUGCCCUUGCCCACUGACAGUCGACCCCAACCAGUUCUCGCCUACGUGUUACCUGGACAGCGACGGCUUGGUCACCUGCGACAACUGUCCGCCGGGCUACGAUGGGCGCCAGUGCGAGACCUGCUCACCGCAGUACGUGGGCGAGCCACAGAACUUGGGCAGCUCCUGCGUGCCGGAGGGCAAGGAAUGUAACUCAGCGGGCACGGUGGAGCUGAUCGGACCCGAGUGUGCCUGCAAAGACAAUGUGCGUGGAGAGGAAUGCGAUCGUUGCCAGCCGUACACCUUCUACCUCAACGGCGACACUCCAGAUGGCUGCAUUUCAUGCUUCUGCAUGGGGGUAACUCGUGACUGCUCCAGUACCACACAGUACAGAUCACAGGUUUCAGCCGUCUUCACCCAGAACGCCCAGGGCUUCAUCCUGUCCGACAGCCUAGGCACAGCCGUCAUCGAGCAGGGGCUGUCUGCCAACCCGGCAUCCAGGGAGCUCUCCUUCAGCAACUUCAGGCCGUUUGGGUCGCAGACGUUUUACUGGAACCUCCCAAGCCAGUUUACCGGCAACAAGGUGUCCUCCUAUGGUGGCAAUCUUCGCUACACCGUCCUCUUCCAACAUGGCGCCGGAGCCACAUUCUCCAACAACGAGCCAGACAUCCUCCUCAUUGGAAACGGAAUCACGGCGAAGAUUGUCCACCCAGACAGGCCAACGUCCAAUAGCUACAAGACCUACUCUGUUCCGCUGAUCGAGACGUACUGGAGGCGACUGGAUGACCAGCCAAUCCAGAGGGAGUUUCUGAUGAUGCUGCUGGCAGACUUGGACUUGAUUUUAAUUAGAGCGACGUACAGCUCUCCCACAACCUAUGCCGUCAUUAAGGACGUCACCUUGGAUAUUGCGGAACCCAGGAACACUGGGCGUGAGAGGGCUUACGCAGUGGAGCAGUGUAUCUGCCCAAUCGGCUACACUGGGCUGUCCUGUGAGGAUUGCGAUGUUGGUUUCACCCGCACCGGAGGAGGGCUGUACCUGGGUGUCUGUGGUCCAUGCCAGUGCAACGGCCAUGCCACUGACUGUGAUCCAGAGACUGGUGUCUGCAGGGCAUGCCUACACAAUACCUUCGGAGACAGUUGUGACCAGUGUGUGUCUGGUUACUAUGGCAACCCACUGACCGGUACCGCGGACGAUUGCCAGCCCUGCCCGUGCCCGCUGACAGCCACGCCAAACCAGUUCUCCUCAACCUGUUACCUUGACGUCGAUGGUUAUGCAACUUGCGACAACUGCCCUGUUGGCUAUGCAGGAAGAAACUGUGAAAGAUGCGAGCCGCCCUUCUUUGGUGAUCCGACCCGCCCCAGUGGUAGCUGCCAGAGACAAGAUUCCUGUCAGUGUGAUUCUCGUGGCAGUUCAUCUCCAGGCUGUGACGAUUCAGGCCAGUGCGACUGCAAGACCUAUGCUGAAGGCACCCUGUGCAACGUCUGCAGGUAUGGUUACUUCAACCUUGCCACCAGCAAUCCGGACGGUUGCACCAAGUGCUUCUGCAUGGGCGUGGCCGACGGAUGCACCAGUUCCCGUUACUACCGGCAACAGCUGCGAGUCACGUUCCAGUCUCCCUCUGAUCCGCGCAGCAUGGUCCUCCGGAACCGUGCCGGAGAUUCCCUGUACUCAAGUGGCUUCACCAUCAAUGUGCCAACCAAUGAGAUCAUUUUCAGCGGAUUUGACCAACUGCCGAGUCAGGCCUACUUCUGGAGUCUCCCACCAAAAUUCAGAGGCGACCAGGUCACAGCCUAUGGUGGCUUCCUACGAUACACCAUCAGCUACGACGCGGCAGUGGAGGGUCAGCAGUAUGGCGAGAGUGAUGUGGAAAUCUUUGGUAACAACAUCAGGCUCAUCUACUAUGAUCGACCUCUUCGACCUGGCGAGACCCGGACCAAUGCCAUCCAGCUAGUGGAGAGUAACUUCCGACGGCCCGACCAAAAUCCAGCGACGAGGGAGUUUCUCCUGAUGGCACUGGCUGAUGUGGAGUACAUCCUCAUCCGAGCCACCUUCCAUUCCCAGAUGUUGAGCACCAGGAUACGAGACAUCUCCAUGGAUAUCGCCGUUCCGGAGAAUACUGGCCAGUCCCAAGCUUUAUCCGUUGAAGAUUGCCAGUGUCCAGAGGGCUACACCGGCUUGUCAUGCGAGGACUGUGCUGUAGGUUACUCCCGCGUGGACCAGGGCCUGUACCUCGGCAUCUGCGUGCCCUGCCAGUGCAACGGCCACGCCAGUACCUGCAGUCGGGAAACCGGUGUCUGCAUAGAUUGCCUGCACAACACUGUCGGAGAAAACUGUGAGCGGUGUGCGGAUGGUUACUAUGGUGAUGCUACCUCCGGCACGCCCGGCGACUGUCGCCCAUGCGCUUGCCCGCUCAGUGUCCCAUCCAAUCAGUUUUCUCCUACGUGUAUACUGGAUACUGACGGCCGGCCGACUUGCAACGCCUGUAGCAGGGAGUACACCGGUCGCGAUUGUGGACAAUGUGCCCCAGGAUUUGAAGGAAAUCCCAGAAUCGUCGGUGGCAGUUGCACCCCUAUUGGCCAGCAGGAGCAAGCACCGAUCAUCACAAUCACUCCGACAGAGCUGUCCGGUGUCCUGUCUUCUACCAUCUACAUCCGGGUGUAUAUCCAGAACUCAUUCAUCUCGGGCACCUGGAGCCGUGCUGAUGGGAGUCCUCUACCUCCCAAUGCCAUCCAGCUUCCAGACAACUCGUUACAGAUCACCAAUCUUCAGGCCAUCAACAACGGUGUCUACGUAUUUGUAGCCAGGAACCAGUAUGGCAUAUCCAGGGCACAGGUUACCAUCACAGUCGUCGGUCCCAGUAUGCGGGUCAUUAUUGACGACCCGGUUGACCUGGAGGUCGAGGAGGGGUCAACGGUGACUUUCACCUGUCAAGGCAUCAGCCAGGUUGCGUACACACUGGCAUGGACCAGGCAAGGCAGUCCCCUGCCACCCAAUGCCAGGGAUGUAAUGGGGAAACUCACCAUUCCACUGGCGACCGAGGAGGACCAGGGGAUUUACAUCUGUACGGGCUCCAAUAUGCACGACGUGGACCAGGCCUACGCCAGGCUCUCUGUCACAUCAUCAUUCCGACCGCCCAACGUCCGCAUCACGCCGCGUUUCAUCGAGGCAGAGGAGGGCAACGCCAUUGAAUUUACCUGCGUCGCCGACGGCAACCCGCCGCCCACUCUGGAGUGGCGGGGGGGCCGUGGAGGUGUGGUGAACCCCCGAGCAACCUUCGUGGACGGUGUAUUCCGCAUUGACAGCGUGGAGCGGACGGAUGAGGCCGAGUACUUCUGCCAUGCUUCCAACUCGGAGGGGUCCAGCAGUUACCGCGUCGUCCUGUACGUCCGAGCCUCCAAGGUGCCCAAGGUCACCAUUGACCCACUGGAGCAGCAGGAGAUCACCGAGGGCGCCCGGGUGGUCCUCUUCUGCGGGUCCAGCGGCGACCCCCAGCCUGUGGUGACUUGGUCCCGCCCAGGGGGGCUAGCCCUCCCGUCGCAGUCCCGGCAGGAGAACGGCUACCUGAUCAUCCCCAAUAUCCGGUUCGAGGACCAGGGGGUGUACAUCUGUACGGCAGUCAACUCGCUGGGGUCUGGCACGGGCGAGAUUGACAUCCGAGUCAGCCAAGACAACCGACUGCCACCCACUGCUCGCAUCGAGCCGCGGGGAGCCAUCAUCAACCAGGGAAUCACACAGGUCCUGAGGUGCAUCGUCACCGGUAACCCCACCCCUACCAUUACAUGGUCACGUCGAAGUGGACCACUCAGGGUGAACCACGUUGUGUCCAACGACAUGCUCCAGAUUCGAGAUGCUUCCGAGGCGGACGAAGACUACUACACCUGCCGAGCUGAGAAUAGUGCUGGAUACUAUGAAUUCAGCGUGGAGAUCAGGGUCCAGCGGCGCCAGCCACCCAGCCUGCGUAUAUUUCCAUCGUCCAAUGCGGUCGUCAGCCAAGGGGACAGCAUCCAGUUCCAGUGCCAGGCCUCUGGCAUCCCUCAACCCAAUGUGUUCUGGAGCCGCGUCGGUGGCCAGGGCUUCACAGGACAAACUUAUGCCAAUGACAAUGAAGGGACGUUGUUGAUUAUCGGGGCCACACCUAACGAGCAGGGUGCGUACAUUUGCACAGCAAACAACACAGUUGGAACCAUACAGCAAACAGUGACCUUGACUGUUCAUGGAGCGCCCCGCGUGGACAUCAGCCCGGCCAGCCCAGCCCAGUACCGGGUGGGCGACACGAUGGUCCUGGAGUGCGUAGCCUCGGGCCAGCCCCUGCCAUCAGUCCAGUGGAUGAAGAUGGGUACGCAGAGCCUGUACGAGCCCCUGCGGGCCCAGGACUUUGACCUAGCCACAGAGAAUGAGGGCAGCGCGGUGUACACCAUUGACGCCGUGGACAUGACCCACGCUGGAAGCUACAUGUGCCGGGCCGAGAACGCAGUGGGAUUCCACGAACGGGAGAUCCUCAUUGAUGUUGUGGAGGGUGAGCAGCCUCGACCGCCUCGCAUCGAGGUGUCCGUGGAGGAGCUGGAGAGAGUGGAAGGCGAAUCGGCUCGAUUCAGCUGCCGUGCAUCGAAUUUGGCGGACGGGACAUACGCCAUCACCUGGCGUCGUCUGGCCGGCAUGAUGCCCUCCAUGGUGACCGUCGACAACGGCAUCUUGAUCUUCCCCGAGACGCGGGCCGAGUACGCCGGCCAGUACUUCUGCAUCAUCACCACGGGAUUUGGUGUCUUCCAGCAAGUGGUCACCCUCAUCGUGUUGGUUCCACCGAGGCCGACUGUUUCCCCAGCUGGUCAGACAGUCCGAGCUGGCGACAUGAUCCGUAUACAGUGCAUGGCCGAAGGAACCCUGCCUAUGACGUAUGAAUGGCAGAAGGUUGGAGGUCCACUACCCCCGACUGCUUCGGAUGCACGCGGGAUGCUCCAGAUCACCAUGGCAACAGCCGCUGAUGCGGGCGAGUACAUCUGCACGGCCACCAACAGUGCUGGUUCGCGAAGCAUGUCAGCGACGGUGUACGUUCAAGUGCCACCGACGGUCAAUGUCAACCCAGUCCGGGAGACAAGGGCCAUUGGUGGGUUUGUGGAGUUCAUGUGCCAGGCAACCGGUAGCCCGCCACCGGUAAUCCUGUGGGAGAAGGAGGACGGUUUCCUGCCGGUGCAGCACAGCAUUCAGAGUGGGCUCUUGAGUAUCAGGAACCUUCAGCCUGGCGAUGAAGGUCGCUACAUCUGCACAGCCAACAGCACGGCAGGCUCCUCCAAGGCGUACUCCAGACUGGCCCUCCAAGCUGCACCUUCGGUGGAGAUCAGCAUCCACACCACCGUCCAGUUCAUCGCCAUCGGCGAGUCCGUCACCUUCGAGUGCAAGGCCCGGGGCGACCCGGAGCCGGUCAUCCAGUGGAGCCGGGAGAACGGCGAGCUGCCCAUCACAGUCGUCAUCCAAGGGGGCAUGAUGACCAUCCCCCAGGUGCAGCUGCAGGACGCGGGCACCUAUCUGUGCACCGCCACCAACAUCGUGGGCUCACAGACCUCCAAGGUCAUCCUCUACGUGCAAGCCAAGCCGCAAGUCCUGGUCAUCCCCCAGGAGCGCAACGCACCAGUGGGCACCCAGGUGGAGUUCACCUGCAUCGCCUCGGGUUUCCCACCUCCCCAGACCUCCUGGUACAAGCAGAGCGGUGACAUGCCCGGCCGCUACACCAUCCAGAACGGCAAACUGACCAUCGCCUCGGUGACGGAGGACGAUGAAGGGGUGUACAUCUGCAGCUCCACCAACGAGAGGGGCACGUCCGAGUACCCCGUCACCUUGACCGUCGGAGAGUUGAUUCCCUACUUCACCCAGAUGCCCGUGUCUUACAUCUCCUUCCCACCGCUCCAGCGGUCCUACAUGGAGUUUGACCUGACCAUCUCCUUCAAGCCAGAGAGCUCCCAAGGCCUGAUUCUGUACAACGGCCAGACCAUGGAGGGCGACGGCGGCGACUACAUUGCCUUCGGCAUGCGCGACAAUUUGGCCGAGUUCCAGUUUGAGCUGGGCUCGGGCCCGGCCAUACUGACCAGCGUCCAGCCCCUGGCCCUGGGCCAGUGGCACACGGUGCGGCUGUACCGCAGCAAGCGCUUUGGCCUGCUGCAGGUGGACCAGCAGCCCGAGGUGACUGGCAACUCCAGCGGGGCCUUCCUGGGCCUCAACCUGGUGCAGAAGCUCUACCUGGGCGGUGUGCGGGAUUUCGAAUCGCUGCCCCAGGCCGUGCGCUUUGAGAAUGGAUUCAUAGGAUGCAUCAGCCAGUUCAUCAUCAACAGGCAGAAGAUCUACCUGGGCAGCGAGCUGGGUUCCCGGGUCGGGAUCAGGGCCUGCCCGACCUGCGACAUCAACCCUUGCAACAACGGCGGCGUGUGCCAAGAGGCCAGCACAGAGUUUGGCUUCCAGUGUGUCUGCCAGGCCGGCUACACGGGCAUGCAGUGCGAUGCCGUUGAGCGAUGUGUGGACGGCCUGUGCGGCUUGGGCUACUGUGAGGAGAACCCUGGACCGGUUGGCUACCGUUGCAUCUGCCCACCAGGGCGCAGCGGACAGCACUGCGAGAUAGUUAACGACGACAGUGACAUCAACGUUGGUAGCGGCCAGGAUGGAGCACAGGCGGAUAAUGGGGCACCUGUCUAUGAGCCGGCAUUCAUUGGUAACUCCUUCAUCGCUUAUCCGGGUCUGCAGCAGUCAUUGCGGCAGAUCCAGAUUGCGAUGAUGUUUAAGCCGCAGAAUACCGAUGAAGGAAUCCUGAUGUUCAACGGUCAGAAUCCGCGAGGGAAGGGCGACUACAUCGCCUUGAUCAUCAGGAAUGGACGAGUGGUCUUCCAGUAUGAUAGUGGAACAGGCCCAGCCAUCAUCGAGAGUGCCCACAACCUGACCGCCGGCCAGUGGUACUCCCUGGUGGCAGAGCGCAACGGCCGGGAGGGCUCCUUGGUCAUCGACACUGGCGAGGCCGUCAAGGGCCGGUCGCCGGGCAACAGCCGUGGUCUGAACCUGAAGAUGCUGAUGUACGUGGGCGGCGUGGAUGAGAUGUAUGACCUCCCGCCUGACUUGAUCGUCACCAAAGGCUUCCAGGGAUGCAUUGCAGAGAUUGAGAUUGACGGCUCAAGUCUAGGCCUCAUCAACGACGCCAAGGAGAACAUCAAUGUGGAAGAAUGCGGGGAGGAGGAACUCUGCUCACGCAACCAGUGCAAGAACGGAGCCACCUGCACCAGCACACAGGACGAAUAUGUCUGCACGUGCACGGCCGACUACACUGGUCGUCACUGUGACACCGAGGUGGGCCCGUGCCACGUGGACCAGCCUUGCCAGAACGGUGGAAGCUGCGACCCCAUGGGUGGGGACGAAUAUCAGUGCCUGUGCCCCCAGGGCUUCGUUGGGGAUCACUGUGAGAUGGCGGAGACUUUUGACUACAGGGCAAGCUUCACCGGCAACAGCUACCUGAAGCUGCCCCGUAACCUCAUUCCCAGGGAGAGAGGGAGCAGUACUUCCAGGGAGACAAUUAAUUUUGUCUUCUCCACCCUCUCCUCAAACGGCAUCCUCCUAUGGCAAGGAGUGGUGGAGGGCCACAGUGGAAAUAUGCAAGACUUCAUCUCUCUGGGUCUAGACAAUGGAACGCUAGUGUUUGGGUACCAGUUAGGUAGCGGAGAGGCCAGCAUCAGGUCAAAGGUCAAGGUCAGCGAUGGGCUCAAGCACAACGUGACGGCCCACCGGCGGGGCCGUGAGGGGUCACUCAUUGUGGACGGGGAGGAAGUGUCGGGCCACUCGGCUGGUUUCCUGCAGAUGCUGAAUGUCAAGGGUCAUCUGUAUCUAGGUGGAGCGCCGGAUGCCCAAAAACUGACUGGCAAGAAGUACGUCAGCGGCGUGGAGGGCUGCAUCGCCGACCUGCGCAUUAGCAAGGAAGGUUACGCCGGGGUGACCCACGUUAACCUCUGGGACACACUGGUGGAUGCAGUCAACGUCCUGGACUGCCCCAACUGAUGUCACCUUGCCCCUUCGUUCACAGAUUGUCUCUUGCAUUAGCCCUACGCUUUCCUUGUUGCCUUCCUUUGUAAUAGAGGAGAAAGUGUUAGUUUUGAAGUGUGGAAUACAAAGUGAAAUUUGCUUCUUGAAGGGAAUUUUUUUUACCCAGCAUAAGAGGUUUUAGAGUUACAGGAGUUGGGGUCAGAUUUUCUUCAAAAUGAGGACAAGUUAUUUUUUCACACUCAAUGACACCACCUUUCUUUUCUGGAUUCUGAAAAGUAUGUUAGUUUGAUAAAAAGGGUUUUCUGUCAAACAUGUUACAAAAAAGCCAUUUGUCUAUUAAUGCCGCGUUAUCAAUAGCAUGGGCAUCAUGAGGGGAGAAAGAAGGGGGCGCCUUGUCCCUCCCUCCUUCGCCCCACCCCCUUAAAAAAAUGAGGAAAAAAAU